AUGGACCACGACAUGGAUAUGGCCCUCCACGCGGGCCUCCAGCCGGACCUCCAAGACGUCGGCUCGAGCCUUGGAAAUCCCAAUUUCGAGCCUCACCCAGACCUACAUCGCCAUCCCCAACGACACCGACUCCAUCGCUCCCGCGACAUCGACCUCGACCACGAACGCCGGCUCGUCCGCGACGCUGACGCUCAAGCCCAGGCCUACCUCCAGGGCCAGCUGCCUCACGACCCUGAGCUCCGCCAUCAUCAGCACCCAGAGCAUCACCUCCUCGAUCCUGCUCUCGCAGCCGCCCCUGCAUCCCAUCUCGACUAUCACGGCGCCUACUCCCACCCUCCCGCGCCGUACGCCGACGACGUCCUCGACCCGACCUCCGCAAACGCCCAUCAUGCCUUCACCCCCGUAAAUCCCGACGACUUUUACAAGAGCUACCGGGCAAUCCCCCUCCAGAACCACCCCGAGACACUUCCCAUGGCCGCCUCCACCCCGCGCCCGUCGUUGCGCUCCAACGGUGACGGCUCUACCCCCAAGCACCCCGUUCUCUCCCCAACCAGGACCAACCUGCGUUCCGCCUCAAAUCCCGUCGACAACAGGCCCGCCCUCCCGGGCUACAAGCCCACUGCAUCGCACCCCAGCGUGAGGGACCUCAAGAAGCGGUUCGACCAAAACGGUGCUGCACCUUCUUCAAUCCCCCGUGCCCCGGCGCAUACGGGUGCUGCAGCUAAGACUAGGCGGGAUGUCGGCGGCCCCAGUACACAGCCGCGAAACGGUGCAACGUCUUACUCGACAUUGCGUGACGGCUCCGGCACGUCAAAUAGUCCGUCUGCAUCCUCCUCGUCAGCUCGUUCUCAGAGGUCCAGGUUUGUUGCCGAGGAUCAGGUCUCGAAUAAUUCACAAUCUUUUGCGAGUCGUAUAGGCAAACCACGAAGCGGCGUUAGUGGAAACCCAAAUGCCUCCAAAUCCAUGACCAACCUAGCAGCAAAAUCCCCACCUCAACCAACUUCUGCUUCCCCCACACCAUCUCGUUCUCAAGGCUUGCUGUUCGGCGAGAUCCUCCCCGAGCAGCGAAACCUCUUGACUGCUGGUUAUGGAAUUGAGGGCGUCCGCCCACGGAGGACGUCUGAAUCCAGCUUACACCAUCCCUGGAGCCACCAGAGAAGCCUAUCUGACCCACCAGAUGUCGCCGAGCCCUCGUCCCCAAGCACCUGGUAUCGUAGCCUCAACGGCGACGGUGUUGACGGCCAGCCUGCACAGGAUCCCGCUCACAAAGGCCACACGCGGUCACAGAGCGAUAUUCCCAAAUCUCAAUCGGGUCCUACCCCCUCCCGCAAAACGCCUUCUCGAAAAGGCACCGCCUCUAAUACCGCCGCUGGAGGUGGAUCUUCGUCCAAGCUACCGCGCUCAGUGAGAAAACUCAGCAGCCCAGGCGAUACGACACCCUCAUCGACACGCUCCAACUCCCCCUCUACCUUCAAAAGGCCACCAACGGUUAAUGGCCGAAUAUCAAGGGCAGGUACUCCAACAAGCCGAGCGAAAACACCGACUUCGAGAGCCAAGACACCCACCCCGGGCGGCGUCACUCGAAAAGCGGCACCUCGGUCUCUCGUCACACCAACAAGUAAUAAUCGGCUCCAGGCCAAUAUAAUUGCUCCCCCGCCGAAGCUCUCUCCUCCCCUGAGGAGUUCUCGACCUCGACAACCUGUUUCCGUGGCCACCACGGCAAGCUCACGAAUGAGGGCAGUAGAGAGGGCUAGGUCCCCAGCUCCCCCUUCCUUCCCCCCGUCCAAGAUCGCCGAGCCAUCCCCUCGACGGCGAAAGAUAUCUGUGGGUCCGAUCGAUUUCGAACAGCGGCGAGAACACAUUCGACUCGCGUAUACUAAGUCUAUCCGUGAGAGCCAGGCCCUCGAGGCACGGCAGAAGGCAGCGGAGCGAAGGCGGAGGGAUAUGGAGGCUACUGCAAAGGCAAAGGCAAAGGCCGCCGCUGCCGCUUCUGCCUCUACAGGGACAUCACCGCGGACCCCAGAGCCAGAUGCAGUAGACUCUCCAACGACCUCCGAUAUCCCGCCAGUCCCGCCGAUUCCAGACAGCCAUGCAAUGCCGGAGCCACCAGUCAUCCAAGAACCUGGUUCCCCCGAAUUAUCUACAGCUACAGAAGUCCAAAAUGCCUUGAACGUGAUAGAUCCUGGAGUGUCACACGGACAGGCCCAUCUGGAUACCCACGAGGAGCACCCUUCACCAGCGAUAGAUGACUCGACUAUGAGUCCUGUUGACAUUGCGGCAGCAUUACCUCCAGCUGCACUGGCAAUUGCAAGCCCAGAACCGACACCACCUGCUGAGUCUGUGGUCCGAGAUUCAGAUUCACCUACACUCGGCGUCCCUGGUAGCUUCCCCGCCCCCAGCCCUAUCGCCGAUGCUGUAGAACGACCUCAAACUGCAGUGUCAGCAACGUCAGAAACGACCCAGUUCGAUAACGAGCCUCAGACGACACCGCCAAGGCCCGUCCUGUCUCCGCUUCAAGUGCCAAUCACCAUUGUUAAACCACCAAGCCCGCAGGCGCAGAGGACUGUCACGCCUCCAAAGGUCGAGUACCAGUACCCAUUCCACGAUGAGCCCGAUUCGCCAGUACAGCCGAGAACCACGCACGAUACGAUCCAGGACUCCCAUGACACAACACCGAGGCACAGCGCGGUUGAGGAGCCUGUGAUCCCGGGAGCGUUCACUGUAUUUGAAGAGGAUGUUCGCUCUCAACCAGAGCAUCAGUCGCUGUUCGAGGCUACCAUUGCCGUCUUGCCAUCUCAUCCCCCCUACGAGGACCCGCGACCAGCCGAGGAGCAUGAAGAGACGGUACCGUUCCCUCGCAUCUCGCACGAUUAUGAAUCAGAGUGUCAGACAGAAUCGGAGGCAGAUGAGGGCGUCGGGCAUUAUCACCAUGAGGAUGACGGCGCUAUCACCGAUACCUGCACUGAGGAGACGGAUGACCACAACAGAACUGAAGAGUGCAGGUCGGAAUCUCAAUUUGACGAUCGGGUUUCUUCUCAUCGGGCUUCUACCUGCGAAUCCUUCGAUGCUGACGGCACAGACGAUCACGAAUACCCCCAUUAUGAGCAUCAGCGCCCAGAGUCUUCAACGAAUCUCAUGGUACCGACACUGUCUGCACCCAACCGAGCAAGUCAACAGUCGGCAUGGACGGACUACACGGUCGAUAGCGCCGAGGUGUCCCCUGCAACCCGCUCUCCAGCUUUCCCGGACAUUGAUGAUGAGGAUGACACUGGCGACCAUGGCCAUGUGACAAUCUUCGAAACCAUGUCUAUUCACAGAGAUCGAGGGCCAACAAUCCGACCCCUGGAGAUGCACAGUACUCAGCCUGAAGUCCGUCCCUCGAUAGACUCGAGCCGAUCACCAUACCUAGGCCAUCAGCUUCCGGAACUCGAUACAGGUGAUGGAUUCUCGGUCCCUUAUCUCUCCAACAGGGCGAGCAAGAGUUUCUCUUACUUUCCGUCACCGAAUCACGAACCCCCGCCUAUCCCUGCCUCGACAUCUGGCUCAGCGUGCAACUCUCAAAGGGCUUCUGGUGUGUUUUAUGAGCAGUCACAAAGCGGAAGCACAUUCAUCAACUCUGAACGUGGCUCGGAAGAUUAUAUGCCAACAAUGAUGACUCCUCAGUCAAUGGACACGGCCUCUCUGGGGACACAGAACCAGUAUUUUGCUGACUCGGCGACGCUCAACGGUGACGGGGCCUCCGAGGCACAGGACAAGAACGGACCGACAGGAAAGGAAAAGCAGCGGCUGAUUCAACGUCGAAACGUGAUCAAGGAGCUUGUCGACACUGAGGCCGUAUUCGUUCGGGAUAUGAAUAUCGUCGAAGAAAUCUACAAGGGGACGGCCGAGGCAUGCCCCAAGCUCGACGGUAACACUGUGAAGCUCAUUUUCCGCAACACGGAUGAGAUUAUCUCAUUCCACACUUCAUUCUUCGCCCAAGUCAAGGAAGCAGUCUCGCCCGUCUAUGCAAUGCAGGGUCGCCGCUCGAAUCUCUCCAGAGAGGGCUCGUUCAUGUCGGAGCCUGGCCACUUGAACCCCGCGGAUAUCGAUGAUGGCAAGGAUCGGACUGUCGCGCUGGGCCCUGUUUUCAAGGCCAAUAUGGAAAAGAUGAAGCUGGCUCAUGAGGGCUUCUUGAGGAACAGUGACGGAGCGGCAAAGCGCCUCAUUCAGAUCCAGCAAGAUCCCACCGUCAAGGUGUGGCUGAACGAAUGCAAUGAGGUUGCCAAGGACUUGACAGCUGCAUGGGACUUGGACUCCCUUCUCAUCAAGCCAAUGCAGCGCAUCACCAAAUACCCCAAUCUAAUCAUGACUCUUCUCCAACACACGCCGCAGGAUCACCCCGACCGAGAGGGCCUUCUUGAGGCCAAAGAUAUUCUCGAAACAGCCAUCAUCGAGAUCAACAAAACCAAGAAGAACUUCGAACUGGUCGGGCAAAUCGUGGGAAGGAAACGGAAAGAGUCCGACGUCAAGGCUGGAUUUGCGCGGGCAUUUGGGAAACGAGUUGAUAAGCUUCAGGGUUCGGGCAGCCGCCAAUCCGAGGACGCCGACUAUGCCAAGCUCAACGAGAAGUUUGGUGACGAUUAUCUGCGACUACAGGUCGUGCUCCGGGACGUCGAAUUCUACACGAGACAAGUUUCAGCCUAUGUUCACGAGUUUCUCCAGUAUUUGUCGUCGAUUGAGCUAGUCAUGAGGCUCCAGCCUGGAAACUAUCCCGAGCUGGAGAGCAAGUGGGUUCAGUUCAACAUCUCGAUACAGGACUUGGAAAAGGUUGCGCUUGAGGACCAUCUGUCGCAAGUUCGAAAGCACGUUAUUGAGCCGUUUGAACAUGUUAUCAAGGCAUAUGGCAACCCAUCACUAGCCAUGAAGAAGCGACAAAAGCGUCGCGUGGACUUUGAACGAUAUGAGCAGUUGAAGCGUGCGAACAAGAGCAUCGACUCAAAACUAAACGAGCUUGUCGAGCAGUACGAGGCCCUGAACGACACGCUCAAGAAGGAGCUUCCGAAACUGUCUGCCCUGACAGAAAAGAUCGGCAACAUUUGUCUUGGCAACUUUGUCAACAUCCAGGCCAAGUGGUACGGCAUCUGGAAGGAGAAGAUGAAGGUGGUGCUGGGCGACUGCCCCGACAUGCCAGACCUCAAGGAGGUUGUUGCUACCUUCCACCGAGAUUUCCCAUAUGCACAAGAGCAGGUGGCCAAUGUUGGCAUCCUCAACCCUGCAUAUCGUGGCAGAGUCUCUCAAUCAACCACACGAAGCAUGGAUGAAGCAUCGUCCCUAAGGAUCCGAUCACGCCCAUCGGAGAACGAUUCGCGAGGCCGGGGUCAUUCCGUCAAUGGCGAACAGGCACCAGGUCUCCCACCUCCCGAUGUUCUCAAGCGUCACAGCGGCUCAUACACCAUGUCGCCCACCAGCGCUGGAGCGGGAACCAUCCCCAGUCCGCACCAGUACUACUACCGUGAUUAUUAUGCUGGUAUCAGCAAUCACCAGCAAGGCACAGCCUCACCCUUGUCCCCGGAGAUGCCAAGCAGUUCACGGUCCUUUGCUGCUUCGACGAGACCAAGCACGGGACGAAGCUUUGAUUCUGGUGGUCUUCCAAGACAGAGCUCCGACUCGAACACACACCACCUCCGAGAUUCGCACACCACAUACAGUUCUCAGAACCAGCCUCAGGAAGGGCGGCGGUUUUCUGGCCUCUUCCACUCAGCAUUACCGAUGGCUGACGGACCGGAAGAUAGCGCCCGGUCGUCCCGUGCAUCAUCACGGGAACGGGGACCGACAGCAGAUGGGUACAAUGUGCUCUGGCUAGCAGCAUCGUUAUUUGAGUUCAACAUUGCUACGACAAAACACGAAGCUGGUUACCCAUACCUGGUUUAUCAGGCUGGCGAGAUUUUCGACGUGAUCGCGGAGAAAGGAGAGCUCUGGUUGGCCAAGAACCAGGACGAUCCCGGUAACCAGGUCGGAUGGAUCUGGUCGAAACAUUUUGCCAAGCUGGCCGAUUUCUAG